AUGCCUUCCUCCAACCUUGCAGCCUACCUUGCAAAGAACUAUCUGACGGCCUCCAACUCCUCCAACCAGAACGGUUCUGGUGAUUUUCAAGACUCUAACCGGCCGAAAAAGAAGAGACGCAAGAACAAAGACGCUUCCGCCGACUCAGGGCUCAUUAUAGCAGACGAUGAUGAACCCCUCACGCUCAAGAGUUCCUCUGCCCGCCCUCGAGACGAUGAUGACGGCGACAUGCCCAUAUACGACACCAAUGUCAGGUCCGCCGAAUUCAGAAAGAAAAAAGGCGGCGGCGGAUGGAAAGUAAUAGCGCAACCCGACACAAACACCACUGCCACCGCACAGGCCGAAGUUGACGAAGCAGACCGCAUCAUCGCCGCUGCCGCCGAAGAAGCUGAUGCACGAAGACGGGAAAUCGAAGACGAAGAUGCGCCCGCCAUCGUCGACACCCAAGACGGCGGCGUUGACGACACCAACUCCACACCACGCAUGUCGUCGGGCGUAAAGGCAGGCCUCCAAACGGCAGAUGAUACCGCACGUCUCGUCGAGCACGAAGAGCGCGAACGCGAGCGCGAGCUGGCUCUUGAACAGCGCAAGAAGAAAUCAUCGUCUCGCAAAAAGGGUGGCGAUGGCCGCGGCGACGGAGAAACCGAUGCCGCAGAAGAAACCAUCUACCGAGACGCGACCGGUCGCAGGAUAGACAUCAGCAUGAAGCGCGCCGAGGCCCGGGCCGCCGAGGAAGAGAAACGCCGCGCGGAGCGUCAAGCGCGCGAGGACGCCAUGGGCGAAGUCCAGCGUCGUGAGAAGGAAGCCCGGAAACAAGACCUCCAAGAGGCAAAGUUCCUCUCUCUGGCACGGGGCGUCGAGGACGAAGACAUGAACGAGGACCUCAAACGUGCGGUGCGCUGGGAUGACCCGAUGGCAGCGUACAUGGCGCAGAAACAGGCCGAAGAACAUGACGCUACGGAUCCUGGUGCGGUUACAACAACUGCAGCUGCAGCGGCAGGCAAAACAGGGAAGUCGCGCAACAAAAAGGUCUACGUCGGCGCCGCUCCACCGAAUCGUUAUGGCAUACCACCUGGCUGGCGAUGGGACGGGGUUGAUCGCAGCAACGGCUUCGAGAAGGAGUGGUUCCUGGCCCGCAGUCGCAAGGGCCGGAACGCAGACCUAGAGUAUCAGUGGCAGAUGGACGAAUAA